CUCUCUCUCUCUCUCUCUCACUUUUCUUUUUCUUCUCUCUCUAGAACUGAAAAACAAGAGAAUUUACGAAAGGAAGACUGAUGAGCUAAGAAAAGAGAAAGAGAGAGAGAGAAAUGAAUUGGGCCAGAAAACUGAAAGAAAAUACGAGAAAUUCACGAUGAAACUUCAUCAAUAUUUCGUUUUCUUUUUGAUUCUCCCACAACUGGUCCUCACCUUAACCAAAAGUUUCGCCAUUGUUGAUAAUUUGUCUCACAGGCGAAUUCUCCACCAGCCAUUGUUUCCGGCGAGCUCGGCGCCGCCUCCGGGGACCGACGACUCGACGGUAUCCUCUUCUUCUCCUCCUCCCCCUCCGCCUCCGUCGCCGGACGCAUAUUCGACUCCAGACCAGCCGUUCUUCCACGAGAUCCCCAAUGGACCGACGCCGGAUCAAAGUCAACAGUCUACGCCUCCAAAUUCGCCUUCCAACGGCACGGUCGCGAUUCCGACCGCGACGCAACCGCCGAAACCGAUUAAGAAGGUCGCCAUUGCGAUCUCCGUCGGAAUUGUCACGCUCGGGAUGCUCUCCGCGCUCGCCUUCUUUCUCUACCGCCACCGCGUGAAGCAUCCGUCGGAGACGCAGAAGCUUGUUGCGGGAGGAGGGGGAGGAGGAGGGAGAGACAAUUCGCAGAGCUUCACGGAAGAUUCUCGGGUCCCGCCGUCGAGCUUCAUCUACAUCGGAACCAUGGAGCCGAGUCGGACCUCGUUGAGCGAAGCGAAUGGAGGACAUAGCAGAGAAUUGGCCCCGAACAAGUCGCCGUACCGGAAGCUGAAUUCGAUAAAGAGAUCGGAUCGGUACCGUCCAAGCCCCGAGUUGCAGCCGCUUCCGCCGCUGGCGAAGCCUCCGAGCAUGAAUUCACCCUCCGCCAUGGAUUCUUCCGACGAGGAGAGCCGCGAGACGGCUUUCCACUCGCCUCAGUGCUCGUCCGUCAGUUACGACGACAGCUACUACUACACGCCGGUCUCUCGUCAGAGCGGCAAAAGCAACAACGGCAAUGCUUCUGUAAAGAGUUCCAUUCCAAUGCCUUCCGUUCCUCAUUCCAAAAGAACUUCCCCCAAAUCGCGCUUCUCGAGUUCGAAGCAAGGUCUCCCUCCACAAUCACCUCCUCCGCCGCCGCCUCCACCGGAGGAAAUUCCGGACGGUGAACAAAUAGCUCCGUGUGCUCUCAAGAAGCCGAAAUUUUCAGCUCCACCGCCAAAUUUGGUGCGCCUUCAAUCCACAAACAACUCACCGCAAUAUGUAUCAAGAACGGUCGUUCCUCCUCCUCCUCCACCUCCGCCACCGCCGCCACCUCCGCCUCCGCCACCGCCACCACCGCCGCCGUCAUCGAAAUCGGUUCCAAAAAAAGUUGGAGAUUCGGAGAGGAUUAUAACUGCGAAGCCAUUGCAAGCUCCCAUUAAGCCACAAGUAUGGGCGGCAAUUCCGAAAUCCGCAUCCGAGAAUGGAACUGUGAAAUCUGAGCAGAAAGUUGAUGAUCACAGCAAGAAAGAAGCCGGUUCUUCAGAAGCCUUCGACGCGGAUGAUUCCGGUGGGACGAAGCCGAAGUUGAAGCCUCUGCAUUGGGACAAGGUUCGCGCGACGUCGGACAGAGCCACGGUUUGGGACCAGCUCAAAGCAAGCUCGUUUCAAUUAAAUGAGGAUAUGAUGGAGUCUCUGUUCGGAUGCAAUUCAACAACAAAUUCGGCUCCGAAAGAGGCGAUAAGGCGAUCGGUUCUCCCUCCGGUUGAGCAAGAGAACAGGGUUUUGGACCCAAAGAAGUCGCAGAAUAUAGCUAUCUUGUUGAGAGCGUUGAAUGUGACAAGAGAUGAGGUUUCUGAAGCUCUUUUGGAUGGUAACCCAGAAGGAUUGGGUCCUGAGCUUUUGGAAACUCUGGUGAAGAUGGCUCCAACAAAGGAAGAAGAAAUUAAACUUCGGGACUAUCAAGGUGAUACCUCAAAAUUAGGGUCUGCGGAGCGCUUUCUCAAGACAGUGCUCGAUAUCCCGUUUGCCUUUAAAAGAGUUGAAGCAAUGUUAUACAGAGCCAACUUCGAUACAGAAGUAAAAUAUCUGAGGAAGUCCUUUCAAACCCUGGAGGAAGCAAGUGAAGAACUAAAGAACAGCCGCUUAUUUCUUAAGCUCCUUGAAGCUGUUCUCAGGACAGGAAACAGGAUGAAUGUUGGCACCAAUAGAGGUGAUGCUAAAUCUUUUAAGCUUGAUACACUCUUAAAACUAGCAGACAUCAAGGGAACGGAUGGAAAGACCACGUUAUUGCAUUUUGUGGUCCAAGAGAUUAUUCGGUCAGAAGGUGCAAGUGAUUCCACAAAUGACAAUGGUCAGAACAAAAUCAAGGAGGAAGAUUUCAGGAAGCAAGGAUUGCAGGUUGUGGCUGGUUUGAGCAGAGAUCUCGGCAACGUAAAAAAAGCAGCAGGGAUGGACUCAGAUGUCCUCAGCAGCUAUGUGACAAAGCUCCAGAUGGGGCUCGAAAAAGUCCGAUUAGUUCUGCAAUACGAGAGGCCAGAAAUGCAAGGGAAAUUCUUCAGCGCAAUGAAGCUGUUUCUAAAAGAGGCCGAAGAAGACAUCAUUAGGAUAAAGGCCGAUGAAAGAAAGGCUUUGUUCCUUGUAAAAGAGGCGACCGACUAUUUCCACGGGGAUGCAGCCAAGGAGGAAGCCCAUCCCUUCAGGAUCUUCAUGAUUGUUAGAGAUUUUCUAGCAAUACUGGAUCAAGUGUGCAAGGAAGUGGGAAGGAUGCAGGAGAGAACAGUGAUGGGUUCGGCUAGAUCGUUUCGGAUAUCCGCAACGGCUUCAUUACCGGUACUCAACAGGUAUAACUUGAGACAAGAUACCAGUUCAGAUGAUGAAAGCUUGUCGCCGUAAAACAUGUGAAUAUUAAGAACAUGGCCCUCUUAGGAGGAAGGUUAACACAAGUACUUACACGGUUAUUGAAGAAAAGGAAAAGCUAUAUGGUGAAACUCAUAUUCCUUGCUAAGAGGUACCUGUCAAUUAACCAGAUAAGGGUCCUGGGAGGGAGAAACAUUUUGUACGAGCAUUUCGGAUGCAUAGAGUCGAGAAGUUUCUAGAAACAAAAAAUAAUACAAGGAGAGCACAAUGUGGGGAGAAAUUUUCAUCACUUUCAAAGAAAAGGGCAAUUGGAGGACAAGAAUUCACAGCCAUCAAAUCAAACGAAGUGCAUAGAUAAAAUGAAGCAAUGCAUCCUUUGUUAUAUAUCUAUAUAUUUUUUUUCCCAACUCCAACACAUAUGCCAUAGUUACAAACAAUAGGUCUUUUUUAUAUCUAGAUCAGAUUCCCACACAUAUAAGAAUGUUUUGAUGUCAAUUAUGAUGCUAAGCUCUGAAUUUGUUUGAUUAUUCAUUAUUCUUAAA